AGCGAGCAAGGGGGCCACAUGUACAUGUGGGUUCAUGUCGUGCUCUCCCCUGCUUUCUGCCAAGCUGCUGGCAUGUCCCGGAUUUCUGACUUGGUGCUCGUAUUCCCUGGGUGCAGGCAGACACCAGACCCUGCCCAAUGCUCCGUGUGAGUGCCGUGGGGGGGCCUGGCUUCCCCGGGCAUGUGAGAGUGGCACCUGUACCCCACACCAGCCUGAGGCCCUCCUUGGCAUAGGCAGGCUCUAGUGGAGGUAGGGAAGGAGAGCUGUGCACCCAGAGCAAUGGGAGCCAAUGGUCAGGCCAUGCUCCCCCAGGCAGAGCCUCCACACUCCCCUGCCAGCUCCUGCACUAGCCACUGGACUGGGCCUCCUGGGUCUCCACCUGGGGGGCAGGGGCCUGGGGCCACAAGUGGCUCUGCCUGAGGUCCUUGCUGAUGAGGUGGAUGGGUUCCCUAUGGGGCGGAGGAGGGGGACAUUCUCCAGGCGGAGGAGGCUGGGCUCUGCCCCUCCCCACCCAGCAGCCAGGCCCCGGUUAACCUGUGGUUGCCCUGCUCCUGCCAGCGCUCAGCAGUAGGUGGGGGCUGGACCUGCCUCCCCCUCCCCCAGCAGCAAGCAGGAAUGUGGAUGCUCGGGGUGGCUGAGCCCUGCCUCCUGCUCCCGCCCCGUCUCCGCCCUGCGGUGAGUCAGCACCGCCCGCCCUGGGAGGGGAGGGCCAGAGGGGGCGGCCAGAGUGCGGGGCCGCCCCUGGGCCGGGCCAGGCCGGCUCCGCUGCCCCCGGUCCCCAUGCGGGCAGGGCAGGGCGGCGGCUAAGCGCGGCAGGGAGACAAUGGGAGCAAUGGGAGCCGUGGCCCCGGUGUAGCAGCCCCCCUCCCCGGGGCCAUGCGGGCGGCUCCCCGCCACCAUGGACCUGCUGCCCCGCACCAAGUACAGCCACCUGCGGGAGUCCGCGUCCUUGUCCUCUCUGGACGAGGUGCCCGGCUCCUCUGCCUCGCCCGGCUCCUCUGGCUCCCCAUCCUCGGCACCCCCCAGCCCUGCGCGCCCGGCCGAUCUCUCCUCCGGCUCCGAGGACUCGCCCACCACUCUCUGCUCCUUCUUUCCCAAAAUGGCAAACCUGAAGUUGGCCAACCCUGCCAGCCUUCUCAGCCUGCGUGGCUUCUCCGCCAGCCCCCUCCGAGAUGAGGCGCCUGCUGAGCCCAUGGCCCCUGCGGGCACCAGCCCAGUCUCAGUGGGGCCUCUUGCCCUCUGUCCCCAGGAUAUGAACAAGCUGAGCUGUGGCAAGAAGACGCGGGUGGAAGGUGGCCAGCUGGGGGGUGACGAAUGGACCCGGCACGGCAGCUUCGUCAAUAAGCCCACCCGCGGCUGGUUGCACCCCGACGACAAGGUCAUGGGCCCUGGUGUCUCCUACCUCGUCAGGUAUAUGGGUUGUGUGGAAGUUCUCCAGUCCAUGAGAGCACUGGAUUUCAACACCCGGACUCAGGUCACCAGGGAGGCGAUCAGCCUGGUGUGCGAGGCAGUGCCUGGAGCCAAAGGAGCCGUGCGCAGAAGGAAGCCCUGUGGCCGCUCACUCAACUCCAUCCUGGGCAAGAGCAACCUGAAGUUCGCUGGCAUGCCCAUCACCCUCACCAUCUCCACCAGCAGCCUCAACCUCAUGGCCUCCGACUGCAAGCAGAUCAUCGCCAACCACCACAUGCAGUCCAUCUCCUUCGCCUCUGGGGGCGACCCGGACACUGCAGAGUAUGUUGCCUAUGUUGCCAAAGACCCUGUCAAUCAGAGAGCCUGCCACAUCCUGGAGUGCCCCGAGGGCCUGGCCCAGGACGUAAUUAGCACCAUUGGGCAGGCCUUUGAGCUGCGCUUCAAGCAGUACCUAAAGAACCCCCCGAAGCUGGUGACACCCCAUGACCGGAUGGCUGGAUUCGAUGGCUCGGCCUGGGACGAGGAGGAGGAGGAGGCCACGGAUCACCAGUACUACAACGACUUCCCCGGGAAGGAACCGCCCAUUGGGGGUCUGGUAGACAUGCGGCUGCGUGACAGUGCUGGCGCAGCCCUGACACCCAACCACCUGGGGGCCACGCUGCCUGUGGGCCAGGUGUCUGGAGGCGAGUACGAGACCAGGAAGCAGCAUCCUCCCGCACAAGGAUGGGAGAAGCUCCCUGCCCCGGCCGGGGGGCCCGGGCGCCCUGACCUCUUUGAUGACCCAUCCUAUGUCAACGUGCAGAACCUGGACAAGGCGCGCCAGGCCUCCUCCACCGGCCUCCCUGGCACCACCAAUGGUAGCACCCAGAGGGACCUCUUCGACAUGAAGCCAUUUGAGGAUGCUCUGCGUGUGCCACCUCCUGUGCCCAUGGGGCUGCCGCCGGCCCAGGUGGUGGCCUCCAUGGAAGAGCAGUUGCGGCGGGAGCCCUGGUACCACGGGAAGAUGAACCGCAAGGAAGCAGAGAAGCUGCUGAAAGUGAAUGGGGACUUCCUGGUGCGCGAGAGCACCACCACGCCGGGGCAGUAUGUACUGACUGGGCUGCAGGGCGGGCAGCCCAAGCACCUACUGCUUGUGGAUCCGGAGGGAGUGGUCCGGACCAAGGAUCACCGGUUCGAGAGCGUCAGCCACCUGAUCAGCUACCAUAUGGACAAUCACCUGCCCAUCAUCUCUGCUGGCAGUGAGAUGUGCCUGCAGCAGCCGGUGGAGAGGAGACUGUGAGGGGUGUGGGGCCUCGGUGCAUGGCCCCGGCCCAGCUUGGCCCGGCCUUUCUCCCCCUGACCCUCUCCCAGCGGGGCUCUUGAACUGUCUGAGCAGCUCCGCGUGGAACCAAGAGACCUGCCCAUCAGAGCCUGCCUGUCCUCGCAGGGGAGCUCCUGCCAACCCUGUUGGAGCCUGCCUGUCCCUACAGCGACCUCCUCCUGGAGCUGAGGCCCCUUGGAGCAGGGCCAAGAACCGGGGCCAGCAGCCUGCUCCUGCGGUAGAGGAAGGGGCCUCCUGCCAAAGCACACGCCCUGCCCCACGGCGCUUCGCUAGCACCAAAGGCCCUGCCUGUGGCCACGGUCUGCAGACCCCAGCCAAGGCAACACCACAACCCACAUGUGCACGCUCACAGGCGUCAGGGAUCCCUAAUGCCUACACAUGCACACAUGUGUGCGCACACGCACACACAUGCACACACAAACUGAAGGGAGCCCCCCCCACCCAUGGAGCCCUCUGCGGGAGGUAGGACUCCUAUUCCCUCGAGCCUGGCCCCUCGCCAUAGGGGACCCCUGACCUCAUCUGUCCCGCACUCCCCUCCCCCCCCCCAGGUGCGAGGAGCUCCCCUAUGCAGGACCCUAUCGCAGGGGUCGGGCACGCCACUCCCACAAGCAGACGGCUGGGCUGGCCGCGCACCUCUGAACGCCCCGAUCACUUUAUGUAUUAACUGUGCCUUGACCCCCACAGGUCCUAGACUCUUAUGCAAAGCCGCCUGCCUGGGGGGCACAGCCCUGGCCUGAGGCAAGGCUCCCCCACCCCCAGGCACCCCUGGGCUUGUCCCCAUCACCCCACACCACCCUGCCCCUAGCUGCUCCCAGCACAGCCCCUGCUGCAGCGGCUCCCUGCCGGGCCUGCCCGGAGCAGCCAGUGCUGGGCAGCGGAUGGGCCCCAUCGUGCCCCAAGGGGAGCCCGAGCCGCACCCCAGCCCCGGCUGCCCUGCGGUUGUGGCCCCUGGGUGAGCGCAGGCAGGGUUGACCAGGGCACAUCCCCCUUCCCUGUCCCGGCGGCCCGUGUUGCAUGCACCUCGUACUGCAAAGCCAAAGCAUCGCCCCGGCCCCUCACACGGGCACAUUUGUACGGGGCUGAGAUACCAAAGCAGCGCGGUUCUUAUUAAAGUUGGUAUUUCUGUA